AAGAAGAUCAGAGCUGAUCGUGCCAUCACAGCGACACCAAUAAUAAACCACUGCAGCUCACACAUACCGUCUCAAACUUACACCUCCAACCUGGAAACAUAAUGUCGAUCAUCUGAGAGAAGAAACACGAGCGUUUUAACAGGUGAUCGACACAGUUGACCUUGCAUCCUGUGAGCUACCUGGCUCUAAUCAGGAUGGACCUGAAGGAGAAGCAAAACGGCUCCCUGUCGCAAACCAGGUCCAGGAAGGAGUUCCACUACGCUACAACCUCUCUGGGUGCAGACGAGUCUCCUGUGGACGUACAGAGAUGCUACAGCUCCAGCGAGACGCUGCAGGCAUAUGAGCAGGAUCCACGGAUGAACUAUGCGUCUGGAACGGUCGAAUACGUCACGCAAGGCAGCCUGAUGUUGGCCGAGCUGUGUGAGCCUCUUCAGCAGCAGGAUGUGUACUGUUCAGAACUGAGCCUGGCACAGCAGGGUUACUCUUCGAGUGCCGGCUAUGACGAUGCCGAUUCGGACCCCGAGGGCCUCAUGACACCGGAGCGUGCCGUCCAGCUGUGGAGAGGUCAAGGCCUGAAGUCACAUCACAGUUCGGGCUUGUCCAGCCCCGACCAAUCGGCGCUCACUCUGACCGAUUCGGAAAACGAACACAGGACCGACGAUGAGUCAGGUCGCCCCCUCCCUCCCACGCCAUCGCCCAGCCUGCUGCCCCCUGCCCCUCCACCUCCUCCAUCGGCCUCUCACCCCUCCGUUGCACCCUCCAUCAGGGAGUGCCAGAUGCUUCUGCUGGACAGCGACUCGCCUCACACCAUGCUGGAGCCUCCUCCCGAGGACGAGUUCUCUCACAAAUCCUAUCUGUUCCGACCUCAGCAUCCCGCUGCUGCUGCAGGUCCGUCCAGUCAUCAUGGGCAGUCCGCCCCGCGGCCUCCUCUGCCCCCUCCGCACAACCACCACCAGUCGUCGGCUAACUCGCUUAACUGCGGUACCCACAUCAGCCGCCGUGCACCUCAGAGCCACGUGUCUGCCGGUGCCCCCGGUGAUGGACCCUCCACCCCGGAGUCAGUUCAGCUUCAGGAAAGCUGGGCUCUCAACAGCAGCGUGCCACUCGAGACACGACACUUCCUGUUCAAGACCCCAUCAGGAAGCACUCCACUGUUUAGCAGCACCUCGCCUGGUUACCCCCUCACUGGCGGUUCGGUCUACUCACCCCCGCCACGCCUCCUCCCCAGAAACACCUUCUCCAGAAGCUCCUUCAAGCUCAAGAAACCCUCCAAGUACUGCAGCUGGAAAUGCGCUGCCAUGUCUGCCAUCGCCGCCGCCAUCCUGCUAGCUGUGCUGCUCUCUUACUUCAUAGCUCUCAAUUUACUCGGGCUAAAUUGGCGCCUGAAGCCCACCACUGGGCAUCUUGUCAGCACCGGCCUAAGCGCUGGGAUGCCUGGUACUGGUGAUGUAGCAACAGUGCCCUCCGGAGGCAGAGGGCCGUGGCUUUUACGCAACAGCAGUAUCAACAGUGGUGAGCUGGAGGUGGGUCGCAGGGUCAGUCAGGAGGUUCCCCCUGGUGUGUUCUGGAGGUCUUUACUUCAUCUGCGCCAGCCCCACUUUCUCAAGUUUAACAUCUCUUUGGGAAAGGAUGCCCUGUUUGGGGUAUACAUGCGCAAAGGCCUGCCCCCCUCUCAUGCCCAGUAUGACUACAUGGAACGUUUGGAUGGAAAGGAGAAGUGGAGCGUGGUGGAGUCUCCACGGGAAAGGCGCAGUAUCCAGACUGUGGUGCAGAACGAGGCUAUAUUUGUGCAGUAUCUGGAGCCUGGAAUGUGGCAUUUGGCCUUUUACAAUGAUGGAAAGGAGAAAGAGCCCGUCUCCUUCAGUACAGUAGCCCUGGAUUCUGUGCAAGAGUGCCCGCAGAACUGUCAUGGUAACGGAGAGUGCACGUCAGGAGUGUGUCACUGCUUUCCCGGUUUCCACGGCGUGGACUGCUCUAAAGCAGCGUGUCCUGUCCUGUGCAGUGGUAACGGACAGUACAGUAAAGGUGUAUGCAUGUGCUACAGUGGCUGGAAGGGACUGGAGUGUGAUGUGCCUGUGAAUCAGUGCAUUGACUCUGAGUGCAGCAGCCAUGGUACCUGCAGCCAUGGCACCUGCGCCUGCAUUGCUGGUUACCGCGGAGAGACCUGCGAUGAAUUGGAUUGCCUGGACCCAACAUGUUCAGGUCAUGGUUCAUGUGUAUCAGGUCAGUGUCUGUGUAAAACAGGCUGGACUGGACCAUUGUGUGACAUGCCCAGAUCUCAAUGCCCAGAACAGUGCCACGGCCAUGGAGUAUACAGCACAGACACGGGCCUCUGCACCUGCCAACCCAACUGGAUGGGUCCUGAUUGCUCCACAGAGGUGUGUGCUGCUGACUGUGGAAGUCAUGGUGUGUGUGUGGGUGGGGUGUGCCACUGUGAGGAGGGCUGGGCUGGCGCAGGAUGCGAUCAGAGGCUGUGUAACCCACUGUGCGUGAAGCAUGGCACCUGUAGAGAUGGCAAGUGCCAGUGUGAGCAAGGCUGGAACGGGGAGCACUGCACCAUCGAUGGGUGUCCCGGCCUGUGCAAUGGUAAUGGCCAGUGUGUUAUGGGUCAAAACAGCUGGCACUGUGAAUGCCACACUGGCUGGAGGGGAACGGGAUGCAAUGUUGCCAUGGAGAUCUCCUGCAGUGACAACAAAGACAACGAAGGGGAUGGCCUGGUUGACUGCAUGGACCCAGACUGCUGCACUCAGAGUUCUUGUUUGACCAAUCCGCUGUGUCGUGGGUCUCGAGAUCCGCUCCAGAUCAUCCAGCAAAGCCAGUCAGCUGGCCAAAAAGCACCUUCCUUUUAUGACAGGGUCAAAGUGCUGGUGGGAAGAGACAGCACUCAUAUCAUACCAGGAAUUAACCCUUUUAAUGACAGCUUGGCGUCUCUGAUUCGGGGCCAGGUUCUGACAUCUGAUGGAACCCCGUUAGUCGGCGUCAAUGUGAGCUUUGUGAAGUACCCACAGUACGGUUACACCAUGACUCGCCAGGAUGGCAUGUUUGACUUGGUGGCUAAUGGUGGUACAUCUCUGACUCUGCGCUUUGAACGCGCUCCAUUUCUGAGUCAGGAGCAUACCGUGUGGCUGCCGUGGAACCGCUUCUAUGCCAUGGAUACUCUGGUGAUGAAGACAGAGAAGAACAUCAUUUCAGCCUGUGACCUGAGUGGCUUUGCUAGACCUGAUCCUGUAGUAGUACCAUCCCCGCUCUCCUCCUUUUUUAGCUACAACCCCACUGAAAAGCACAUCAUACCAGAGAGCCAGGUUCUCCAUGAACAAGUGGAGAUUCCAGGCACCAGUCUGAACCUUUGUUACCUAAGCUCCAGGGCAUCAGGUUAUCGUGCCCUGCUCAAAGUGACAAUGAUCCCAGCGCAGGUGCCUCUUGGCUUGGCAAAGGUGCACCUGAUGGUAGCCAUGGAGGGUCAUCUGUUUCAGAAAUGGUUCCACGCCUUGCCUAAUCUGGCCUAUACCUAUAUCUGGGACAAGACUGAUGCCUACAAGCAGAGAGUUUAUGGCCUGGCCGAGGUUGUGGUCUCAGUGGGAUUUGAGUAUGAGACAUGUGCUUCUAAGAUUCUGUGGGAGAAAAGAACAGCAGUUCUGCAGGGUUAUGAGCUUACCCCCAACCACCUGGGAGGCUGGUCCCUGGACAAACAUCAUACACUCAACAUCCGCCACGGUAUCCUGCAUAAGGGCUCUGGGGAGAACGUGUUCAUCUCAGAGCAACAGCCUCCAGUCAUCAGUAGCAUCAUGGGAAACGGGCGGCGGCGAAGCAUCUCCUGCCCCAGCUGCAGUGGCCUGGCCGAGGGCAACAAGCUGCUGGCUCCAGUGGCCCUAGCAUGUGAUGGAGGGGGAAAUCUUUAUGUGGGUGACCUCAACUUUGUCAGAAGGGUGUACCCUUCUCUUAACACCACUGCCAUCCUGGAGCUGCGGAACAAGGACUUGAGGCACAGCAACAGCCCGAGUCACAAGUACUACCUCGCAGUAGACCCGGUCACGAACGCUCUGUUUCUGUCAGACACAAACUCCAGACAGAUCUACCGUGUACGCUCAUUAAACGGCGUCCGCCCACUCUUGGAUAACGCCCAGGUGGUGGCAGGCACGGGUGAGCAGUGUGUGCCCUUUGAUGAUGCCCGUUGUGGGGACGGUGGCAAAGCUAUUGAGGCAACACUGAUGAGCCCCAGAGGAAUUGCUGUGGAUAAAAAUGGACUUAUGUACUUCGUGGAUGCCACCAUGAUUCGGAAGGUGGAUCAGAAUGGUAUUAUCUCCACUCUGAUAAAAACUAAUGAUCUGACUGCAGUCCGGCCCCUUAGCUGCGACACCAGCAUGGACGUCAGCCAGGUGCGUCUAGAAUGGCCCACUGAUCUGGCUGUCAACCCCAUAGACAACUCACUUUAUGUCCUGGAGAACAAUGUUGUCCUGCGCAUCACAGAGAACCACCAAGUAAGCAUUGUGGCCGGACGACCCAUGCACUGCCAGGUUCCGGGCAUAGACUACUCCCUCAGCAGGCUGGCAAUCCACUCAACACUGGAAAGCGCCACAGCUAUUGCUGUUUCUCAUUCAGGUGUGCUCUACAUUGCUGAGAGCGAUGAGAAGAAAAUCAACCGGGUGAGACAGGUCAGUGCCGAUGGCGAGAUCUCACUGCUGGCCGGAGCUGCAUCAGAGUGUGACUGCAAGAAUGACGUCAACUGCAACUGCUAUUCCGGAGACGAUGGCUAUGCCGCAGACGCUAGCCUCAAUGCACCAACCUCACUGGCUGUGGCACCUGAUGGCACUCUUUACAUUGCUGACCUCAACAACAUCCGUGUGCGUUCAGUCCGUGCGAACCGUCCGAGCCUGAGCGUAGCAGGUCAAUAUGAGCUGGGAUCAGCACUUGAGCAGGAGCUCUACGUGUUCAGCGAGGAUGGCCUGCACAGGCAUACGCUUAGUCUUGUCACAGGCCUCACACUGUACAACUUCAGCUAUGGAGCAGAUGGAGAGCUAGCUUCGAUCACUGACAGCUCCAACAACACACUGAAAAUCAGGAGAGAAGCGGGUGGAGCCGUACGGUUGUUGUUGCUGCCAGAGAACCAAGUGGUAACACUGGGCAUGGAUGCAGCUGGCAGCAUACGAUCUGUUUCAGCCCUUAAUCAGGAGGUGGCGCUGCUUACUUAUUCCCCGAACACUGAGCUUCUCACUUCUAAAGCUGAUGAGACUGGGUGGACCAACUUCUACAACUAUGACAGUGAGGGGCGUUUGACAAAUGUGUCCUACCCAACGGGAAUGGUGACCAGUCUGCACCGUCAGAUAGAGCGGUCCAUUAACAUCGAUAUGGAGAGUUCCAACAGAGAUGAUGAUGUGACUGUUAUUACCAAUUUGUCCUCUGUGAUGGCAUCUUAUACUGUGCUUCAAGACCAAGUGCGAAACAGCUAUCAAUUGUACCACAAUGGCACCCUAAGGGUCUCGUAUGCUAACGGAAUGGGACUUAGCUUCCACACUGAGCCUCACAUCCUGGCAGGCUCAGUCACUCCCACCAUCGGAAUCCGCAACAUUUCUCUACCCACAGACAGCAGCCUCAAUUCCAUCGAGUGGAGGAUGAGAAAGGAGCUGGCCAAAGGCAAAGUCACUGUGUUUGGAAGGAAACUGCGUGCCCAUGGUAGGAUCCUGCUGUCCAUCGAUUAUGACCGAAACACCAGAACUGAGAAGGUGUAUGACGACCACCGGAAGUUUACGCUGCGCAUCAUCUACGAUGCUCAGGGUCGACCUGCUACCUGGCUUCCAAGCAGCAGUCUGGCUCUGGUCAAUGUGUCCUACUCGCCAACAGGUCGUCUGGUGGGUCUGCAAAGGGGCAGCAUGAGCGAGAAGAGCGAGUUUGACACCUUUGGCCGCAUCUUGUCGCGUACUUUUGUAGACGGGAAAGUCUGGAGCUUCAGUUACCUGGAUAAGUCUAUGGUGUUGCUGCUGCAGCAAAGUCAAAAGCAGUACGUGUUCGAGUUUGACAACUAUGGUCGGCUCAACUCUGUCACCAUGCCCAGCAUGGCUAGACACACCAUGUCUACCCACGUGUCUGUGGGCUACAUCCGCAACACUUACAACCCUCCCGAAAGUAAUGCAACCGUCAUCCAUGACUUAAGUGAGGAUGGCCGUCCCCGGGCAACUUUCUACCUGGGUACAGGCCGCAGGGUGCUCUACAAAUACGGAAAGCUUGGCAAGCUCACUGAAGUGCUGUACGACUCAACUGCUGUCACCUUUGGCUAUGAUGAAACAGCGGGAGUGCUCAAAAUGGUGAACCUGCAAAGUGGCGGCUAUUCCUGCACCAUACGCUACCGCAAGCUUGGACCCUUGGUGGAUAAGCAGAUGUACCGCUUCUCAGAAGAGGGCAUGGUUAACGCUCGCUUUGACUACACCUACCUUUACAACAGCUUCAGGGUGGCCAGUAUAAAGCCUGUGAUCGGAGAGACGCCUCUUCCAGUGGAUCUUUACCGCUAUGAUGAAAUCUCUGGCAAAGUGGAGCAUUUUGGGAAAUUUGGCAUUAUCUACUAUGACAUCAACCAAAUCAUCACUACGGCUGUUAUGACACUUAGCAAACACUUUGACGCCCAUGGGCGAAUCAAGGAAGUGCAGUAUGAGAUUUUUCGCUCACUCAUGUAUUGGAUGACAGUGCAGUAUGAUAGCAUGGGGCGUGUGAUAAAACGUGAGCUUAAGAUCGGGCCCUAUGCUAACACCACACAAUACCGCUACGAGUAUGACGGUGAUGGCCAGCUUGUUGGUGUCAAAGUUAAUGACUGGUCCAUGUGGCGCUACAGCUAUGACCUAAAUGGCAACCUGCACUUACUGAACCCUGGAAAUAGUGCUCGGCUGUUGCCUCUCCGAUAUGACUUACGUGACCGCAUCACACGCCUCGGGGACAUGCAGUACAGGCUGGAUGAGGAUGGCUUCCUUAGCCAAAGGGGCUCAGAUUUCUUUGAAUACAACUCCAAAGGCCUCCUGGAGAGGGCAUACAGCCGCACGGCAGAUGGAUGGAGUGUUCAGUACCGCUACGAUGGUCUUGGACGUCGUGUGUCACGUCGCACAGCUAGUGGUGAACACCAACAGUACUUCUAUGCUGACCUCAAUCACCCAACCCGAGUAAGCCACAUCUACAACCACUCAAGAGCAGAGAUCACCUCCUUCUACUAUGACCUCCAAGGCCACUUGUUUGCCAUGGAGGUGAACGGUGGUGAGGAAUUCUACAUUGCCUCAGACAACACAGGUACACCACUAGCCGUCUUCAGCAGUAAUGGGCAAAUGGUCAAGCAGCUGCAGUACACAGCAUAUGGCGAAAUCUACCACGACUCCAACCCAGACUUUCAGCUCUCCCUUGGCUUUCACGGAGGCCUCUAUGACCCUCUGACGAAGCUUGUGCAUUUCACCCAAAGAGACUAUGAUGUGCUAGCUGGACGCUGGACCUCACCUGACCACACACUCUGGGCAAAGAUAGGCAAGGAGCCAGCACCAUUCAACCUGUACAUGUUCAAGAACAACAAUCCUCUCAGCGAUAUGAUUGAUGUUAAGAAUUAUGUGACAGAUGUGAAGAGCUGGUUGGUCAUGUUUGGUUUCCAGCUCAGCAACAUCAUACCUGGGUUUCCCAGACAUUCACUGUAUUUUGUUGAACCUCCUUAUGAAUUGCUUGCCAGUCAGGACAGUGACAAUGCCCGGCUGUUUACUGGAGUACAGCAUUCAGUGGAGCGACACAACCAGGCUUUCAUGGCUCUGGAGGGCAGGCUGCUCAACAAGCACCAGCGCAUUAAACGAGACAAGCCUGAAUACUGGUUCGGUACCAGUGUGCCUGUUGUUGCUAAAGGUAUGAUGUUGGCCAUCAGGGAAGGCCAGGUUUUUGCGUCUGUGACAAGUGUGGCCAGCGAGGGCAGACGCAAGAUUGCACAGGUGCUCAACGGGGCAAUCUACCUUAACGGCUUGCACUACACAAUCGACGGGCGUGACUGGCAUUUUUUUGUGAAGCUCAGUCUACCUGACGGUGACUUACUGUUCCUGGGCAUUAGUGGUGGACACAGAACACUAGAGAAUGGUGUCAAUGUGACUAUAAGUGGCCGAUCACGUCGUGGCGUCACCAUAGAGUUUCACACAUCAGUGUUAACAUUUAGCGUGCGAUAUGGGCUCGGCGCUGAGCUGCUGGAAAAAGAGCGAGCCCGUGUGAUGGAGCAAGCCCAGCAGAGGGCAAUGGCUCAAGCUUGGGUCAGAGAGCAGCAGCAAGUACAGGAUGGCAGAGAUGCCAGCCGGGCAUGGAGCGAGACCGAAAAACAGCAGCUCCUGGCCAUGGGAAAAGUUCCAGGCUAUGAGGGCUACUAUGUGCUGCCAGUGGAACAGUAUCCUGAACUAGCAGACAGCAGGGCUAACAUCCAGUUUCUUAAACAAAAUGAGAUGGGAAGGAGGUAACAGGCUGGUAAAUGGCUGCUGCCAUUACAUUUUCCUAACCCAAGGAAAAAGGACCAGAAUCCAGAGUGUUGUAAGCACCUUUUGCAAAGACUUAAUCCUGCUGUAGUGCACAGCUCAAAAACUUUGAAUUCAGAAAAACUUGUAAUAAAAAAAGUGAGAGAACUAGACCUAUUUUUAGGACGGCAGACUUUUUCAGCCUUUGGGUUAUGCUCUUAUGAGGGCUGAGUGAUGGCACGCUGCAUUUUUCGACCUCCAUAUCAAGGCUUCUUUUAAAACAGGAAACCGAUCGUGAACAUGCUGAAACAGUCGGUCACCGUCUCAGGCCUCAAAAUACAAUUGUUAUUUAAGCCAUCUCUUGCCAGUGUAUGUAUUAAAGUCCAUGGACAAUAAAUCACAAAUACAUUUCAAUGAUUUGUUUAAAAACAACUUUAAUGUUGGCAUCUUUUUGGACACAGCUUUCCCAUGUGGAGGGCAGAUGGCAAGCGUUCUUCAUUGAAAUGCGUGUUUGACAUGCAGAUCAUUGUUUCUCAAUAUCUUUGUCCUUUUACAUUUGCACUAUAUGACAAUCACAAGGAGAUAAAUAUUUUGCCGAAUAUAAAUCUCCAUGAAGGUUGCUCAUUUUUGUUUACCCUUUGUAUAAUAUGUAAAUCCAUUUAAAUGUUUCUUUUUAUUUACUUUAUUUUCUAACCAAAAGAAAGGUAAUAUAUGGUGUUUUUGUUUCUAAUUUAAGUCUAUGAAGCUGUGAAAUACAUAUUGCUCUUAAACUGUAUGUAAAGCUGUCAGCGAUUAGAAGAACUGGAUUAAAAUACAUGUACAUUUAUUUAAAGAAGUGACUUUGUUUGACAGAAUUCAUAGUGACUGAAUCUUGUGACAUUUGAAUAUUCAGACUUGUUUUCUUUUCUAAUUGAGUUCUGUAAUUGUUGCUCUACCAUAAUUUCUUCAUUCUUACUGUGAAGCACCACAGUGGAUGUCAGCAAAAUAUAGCUAGUGCAAAAACACUCAGACACUCUUAAGAUGGAGAUUCUUUGGGAAUUUUCUGAAAAUAAACUUUCAUUUUUACACAAUGA